CCGCGCGUCGUGCCCUGAGCUGCCCAGACUAGCGAACAAUACAGUCAGGAUGGCUAAAGGUGAUCCCAAGAAACCAAAGGGCAAGAUGUCUGCUUAUGCCUUCUUUGUGCAGACUUGCAGAGAAGAACAUAAGAAGAAAAAUCCAGAAGUCCCUGUCAAUUUUGCAGAAUUUUCCAAGAAGUGCUCUGAGAGGUGGAAGACAAUGUCUGGGAAAGAGAAAUCUAAAUUUGAUGAAAUGACAAAGGCAGAUAAAGUACGCUAUGAUCGGGAAAUGAAGGACUAUGGACCAGCUAAGGGAGGCAAGAAGAAAAAGGACCCUAAUGCCCCCAAAAGACCACCAUCUGGAUUCUUGUUCUGUUCAGAAUUCCGCCCCAAGAUCAACUCCACAAAUCCUGAUAUCUCCAUUGGAGAUGUGGCAAAAAAGCUGGGUGAGAUGUGGAAUAACUUAAGUGACAGUGAAAAGCAGCCAUACAUCACGAAGACUGCAAAGCUGAAGGAGAAAUGA